AUGUCAAACACUAUAAACGAUCCAUCACGAGCUAAUCAAUAUCGAGUAACUCAACAACCUGAAUUUGUUAAUAAUGGAAUAGACUCUUCACCAAAACCACAUGGUCGUCCGCGAAGUGUAUCAGCAGCCUUGCAUGCAUCAAAUCUUUGUGAUUGUUUAGCUUAUUUUUGCUGUUGUUUUUGUUUAUGCGCGAUCUGUGAAUCAGAUUGCAAUUUAUGCCAUGGUUGUGAUUGCGAUAAUUGUGGUGAUUGUGGUGGUUGUGAUUGUGAUCCAUGUGAUUGCUGA